AUGGUAAUUUCUCUCUCUUUCUCUGAGUACAGAAAUCAAAACCCUAAUGAUGAAACGUUUUGUUGUCAUAACAAACUCCUUCAAUCUAACUCCAAGAUCUUCCAUCAUCCAUCGUGACCUUCAGCUACCCUCCAAAUCUUCCAAAAGUUUAGGGAAAGGAUUGAGCCUAAUAAGCUAAAAAUCCCAAAACGUGUAUUGCAAGUUAUUGAUGAAGAGCUUACGAAAUUGGAGGUGUUUAAGACCGGUAACGACUUUACUAUCGCCAGUAACUACCUUGAGUGGUUGACCGUAUUUCCCUGGGGAAAUUACAGUGGUGAGAAUUGUGAUGUCAUGAGUGCAGAAAAGAUUCUUGACGAGGAUCAUUAUGGCUUAUCUAAUAUAAUUUGUCUAGCGGGUCCUCCCGGGGUUGGUAAGACUAGCAUUGCUCGUUCUAUUGCACGUUCUCUUCACCGCAAUUUCUUUCAAUUCUCUGUUGGAGGGCUAUGUACGGCUGCUAACAUUAAGGGGAUUCCUCGAACAUUUUACUAUGCCACACUGGGAAAGAUGGUGCAAUGUCUAAAAAUUAAGUGUGGGAACAGAGAAAUCACAAAACGUAUUUUCGUUGGAUUUAUUUAA